CUCAGCUCAACGUCCACUUAAGGUCUAGGCCGUAAGCCAAGUGCUGAAAUCAUGCACCUAUUUUUAUAACGGUGCCCGGCUAUGUGGGCUCCAUCUUGACUCCCCGUCUUUCAGCCAAAAGUCCUUCAGCAGCCCCUGCUAUUGCUUAGCUGGUAUAGAAUAUCCACUAUGGCAUUGUGCGAAAAAAAAAUUACCGGCUGAAUAAGUAGUCGGGGGCGUCCGUAGUGGAUUUCUCUAAUUUGAAUGAGGCUCUCAGUAUACUCACACUUACUACUAUGUUUGUACUGCAGAUGUAGGCAGCUGAUCGCCAACGUAUACAAAAUGUUGUUCGACUAUCUGUCGGCCGUCAAGGCUAUGGGCAAUCUAAUAUCACUGGGCAUGUUAGAGGACCCAAUAAAGCAGUCCCAAUCAACCACAACUGGUACCACAGCGAAGAGCGCAGUCAACACGCAGGAAUCAACCAUAUGUGGCGAUAUCAUAAAUGAGUCCAAUGAAGGUGCAUAUCUUUUUUGGGCUAGCGAUGUACAUGAUUGUCUGAGCAAUGUUCCUUUCAGUAUAGCCCCGGCUCUGCGCUAUCUCGACUACCUCAACACGACAAUGCAGUUCCAAAGCACGUUGGCGUUCCUCAAGACGCCACCACAAGGAUAUCAGCAGCCAGCCGUCGACGUGGAGGUUGUCAUGGAACGCAUUGCAAACAAUGUCAAAGCUGCCUUCUACUUAAAUCAGUAUGAUUUUGAAGCGGAUGUGCAAGGACUAAUAUUUGCUAUGCAUGACGCACACGUCGAUCUGCGUUCCGGAAUCAUGUCCCAGUUCUCUUUUGGUAGUCAGUGGCCGAUCGCAUCAGUUUCAAUCGAUGGAAUAACAGAGCCAAAGAUCUAUUUGACCGAUCACAUCCUGCAAGCUCAGAAUGAUGGUUGGUCAUGGACACCCUCAGCACUCUCCAAGAUCAAUGACGAAGACGUGAUUGAUUAUGUCACAAAGUUUGCCGCUUCCAACUCUCUAGGGAGGCUCGAAAGCCAUGCAGAGUGGAACGAUCUAAUGAGCCACCCCGCUCAGGAUAUCCUUGGUAACUUGAACAUCUGGACUGGUGAUGCCACGUUCUACCCAGGCGACGAGCUCAAUUUCACUUUUGAGAACAAGUCGGAGCCACUGGAAACUUAUUGGGUAUCGUACUAUAACUACAACGAAGACACAGGGCCCAUAGCAAAUGGCGGGGACUUUUACAACUUCUUCGUCCUAGGUCUUUACCCGGCAACAAACGAAUCUGCCUCCUACCGCAUUGGGGACAGCAAUGUAGCCAAAAGAUCUAAAAGCAUGAGUACCCCACCAAACAUAUCCAAAAAAUCGAAGAUCGCAAGGGACGAUAAUGAUGAAACAUCUUCGGAAGAUGUCACAACAGGUUGGAGCGGUGCUUACCCAGCAAAGGCAGAUAUAUAUCAAUCAGACCUACUCGUCAAUGGUAGCGGCGUCGUAACGGGCUAUUUUCUUCGCGAUAUAUCGACCGGUGUCCUAAGUAUACCUACCUUCGAACAAUACGGAGAAGAGUUAUACGACUUCUCGGACACCGUUCAGACAUUUAUCGACAGCUCAGUGACGGAGAAUAUCAAGCACAUCGUGAUAGAUCUUCAACAGAACGCGGGAGGAGAUGUCGUCUUGGCUUUAGACACCUUCGCAAGGUUCUUCCCCCAGAAGCAGCCAUUCGCCGGAAGCCGCCGGAGGAGUCACGAACUGGGUAGGGUCCUAGGAAACGCCACAACUACUUGGUGGACUAGUCUUGACCCAUACUCUGAUGACGCCGAUGUCGUAGACAACUGGUACGAAGGCCUUGCUGACGAAUGGGUUAUCACCCCGAGACUAAACGCCGCAACCAAGAAAAACUUCCACGACUGGGAAGAGUACGCGGGCCCGAGACCGUAUCUGGGCGACUGGUUUACCCUUGUGGAAGAGUACAACCUAUCGGAUGAAGAUUUCAACUAUGAAUCGAUGGACAUGUCUCCAUACGGCUGGGCUGAUAAUCCGAGUACCACUGAGCAGCGAUGGGAUCCAGAGGACAUCGUUCUCCUCACAGAUGGUCUUUGUUCUUCAACGUGUGCUUUAUUCGUCGAGUUCAUGACUCGAAUUGGAGUCCGCACCAUUGUGAUGGGUGGGCGUCCUGAAUCCGGGCCUAUGCAGGCAGCUAGUGGUACUAGAGGCGCAAGAAGUUACUGGAGUGGUGACCUUGAUAAUGAUCUUGCAUGGGCAGGCUCUGUGGAUGCGAUCGCAAACCAAACUUUCCCGCCCAUUCCACUCAACGGCUUCUACCGCGACUCGGGUAUUUGGACCACGUACGUUGGGUUCAACCUCCGCGAUCAAAUUCGGGAGAGCGAACUAGAUGAUGACCAAGCUGUUCCACUUCAGUUCAGAUAUGAGGCUGCAGACUGUCGACUUUACUACACAUUACAUAAUUUGUUCAAUAUGACACAACAGUGGCGGGAUGUCGCAAAUGCAGCUUGGGAUAAUUAUCCAUCGCUCUGUGUAGCUGGAUCCACGGGGUAUUCUACUACUGGGCAGAACAAGCCGAAGAGCAAGGCACCCUCCACAUCGAAGACAAUAGACUACGGUAUUAAUGCCGACGACUACUCGCCGCCUGCUGGUUCUGAGGUGCUGUCGCAUCUAGAAUUCACAGGCGGGAAUCUCGUCGACGGGAAAUACAAGCCACCGGAGUUUCUCGAACUGGAUGAAUGCCAACAAGACACCUUUGGCGAUUACUACUGCCCCAGUAAGCGUGGUAGUAACAGUAAAGCAAAACCAUGCGUGGAGGUAAAUAUUCAAUGCAAGUCGGGCAAAAAGGACAAGAAAGGAAAACCGAUAACGACUCCCAUCCACGUUUGUUUGCCAUCGUGCUCAGAUGGCCCUUCUUGUGGGGAUUACGACCCCGAAUACGAAAUGCAUUGCAGUGCGUUCACGCAGGUGGAGCAGAAGGCCAGUGCGGCAGCGAUGGGACAGGAUGAUACAAAUACAGAACUUAGGACGUUCCGCAAGAAUGUGGGAUGGGCAAAGGUGUGUAAACCAAAGUAUGGAACUAAAGAUCUGGGAAGCUGUCCGGCAGCGAAGCCAGUUAAAUCAGGCAGAAUUUGACAUAUAUACUACUAUAGAGUGGCUAAAGUAAUUUUCACGAGAUUAAAGGGAAAAAAAAUUGCAAAUCUGAUCGAC